AUGGGAUGUGCGGCGUCGAAACUCGACAGCGAGGAUACUGUUCGGCGGUGUAAGGAUCGCCGCCGUCUGAUGAAAGAUGCUGUCUACGCUCGACAUCAUCUCGCCGCCGCUCACGCCGAUUACUGCCGAUCGCUUCGUCUCACUGGAUCUGCUCUUUCCUUAUUCGCCGCCGGCGAGCCUCUCUCUGUAUCGGAUCAGACUCCGGCGGUUUUCCUCCAUCCUCAUCAUCCGCCUCCUCCUCCUUCUGAUCACUCCCCGGUCAAUCUCAUCCCUCCACGUGUUCCGCCGUCGCCUGCUCCUUCUUCCGUCCAUCCUCCUCCUCCUCCUUCGGUGUCUCCUUCGGUCGCCAGUUCCAAGCAAAAGCAGCCUCCAAUCACAACCGCCUCUUCCAAUCGGCGCAGGAAACAGCAACCAAGACCUAAGCUACCUCAUAUUCUCUCGGAAUCAAGCCCUUCGUCUUCUCCGAUGAGCGAGAGAUCCAAUUUCAUGCCCAAUUUCUAUCCCGGUGCUUACCAGAACUCCACUUACUCCGCCACUCCCUCUCACGCCUCCUCCGUCUGGAAUUGGGAAAAUUUCUACCCUCCUUCUCCUCCCGAUUCCGAAUUCUUCAAUAUGAGGGCUCAAGAGAAGAAACAGAAACCCGAUAGUCGAUCUCGCUCCAGCGAACUCGCCGACGGCGAGGAUACCGAAACAGAGAGGUCAGAGUACGAUUUUUUCCAUGCGGGUAAGAAGAAGCAGUUCGAAUCAGCCAACAGUCCGGUGGAGGAAGAGGAGACGGAGAGAGAGGAAGUACCGUGUAGCGAAUGGGACGUUCACGAUCACUACAGCACUACGAGCUCCUCGGACGCCACGGAGGAAGAGGAGGAGGAAGAGGAAAAUGAAGAUAGAGAGUCGGUUUCCGAGAUCGGGACACGCUCCGACUUCGGAUCUACCGUGAGAAGUAAUUCGAUGAGACGGCACCACCACCAGCAACCUUCGCCAUUGCCGCAACAAUACGGCGGCGCUGAAGAAGGAAACCAUGAUAUAGCAGAUGACGCGACGGUAUCUUCCCGUAGCUAUAGAGGCGGAGGAGAGAUGGCCGACAUGAAGAUGGUGGUUAGGCAUAAGGAUUUGAAAGAAAUUGUUGAUGCGAUCAAGGAGAAUUUCGACAAGGCGGCCGCCGCCGGAGAUCAAGUUUCUCAGAUGCUUGAGCUCGGAAGAGCUCAGCUUGAUCGGAGUUUCAGCCAAUUGAAGAAAACUGUGAUUCAUUCGAGUAGCAUAUUCAGCAACCUGAGCUCAACAUGGAGCUCGAAGCCGCCAUUGGCAGUCAAGUACAGGAUAGACACGACGACAUUGGAUCAACCAAACAGUGUGAAGAGCCUUUGCUCCACUCUCGAUCGUCUAUUAGCAUGGGAGAAGAAGCUGUAUGAAGAAAUAAAGGCUAGAGAAGGUGUGAAGAUUGAGCACGAGAAGAAGUUAUCACAACUACAAAGCCAAGAGUACAAAGGGGAAGAUGAAGCUAAGCUAGACAAGACAAAGUCCUCAAUUACGAGGUUACAGUCUCUGAUAAUUGUUACAUCACAAGCUGUUACAACCACAUCCUCUGCCAUUAUCCGUCUUCGUGAUACCGACCUUGUUCCUCAACUCGUUGAACUCUGUCAUGGCUAUAUGUACAUGUGGAAAGCAAUGCAUCAAUUCCACGAGACACAAAACAGCAUUGUGCAGCAAGUUCGAGGGCUAAUCAACAGAUCAGGGAAAGGUGAAUCAACCUCUGAGCUACACAGACAAGCAACGCGUGACUUGGAAUCAGUCGUCUCCUCUUGGCACUCCAGUUUCAGUCAUCUGAUCAAAUUCCAACGUGACUUCAUACAGUCGGUUCACGCCUGGUUCAAGCUGACCCUUCUCCCGGUUUGCCACGAAGACGCCAGCAACCAUCACAAGGAGCCUGUCGAUGCGUACGCGUUCUGCGACGAGUGGAAACUCGCUUUGGACCGUGUCCCGGACACAGUGGCGUCCGAAGCAAUCAAAAGCUUCAUCAACGUUGUGCACGUGAUAUCAGCUAAACAAGCUGACGAACACAAGAUCAAGAAAAGAACGGAAACGGCGUCGAAAGAGCUCGAGAAGAAAGCUUCGUCGCUGAGAAACCUGGAGAGGAAAUAUUACCAGUCAUACUCAAUGGUCGGUGUCGGUUUACCGGAUUCAGGACCCGACAACCAACACAUGUUAGAUGCUCGAGACCCGCUAAGCGAUAAGAAAUCGGAGCUUGCUGGUUGUCAAAGGAGAGUAGAGGAAGAGAUGAUGAAACAUUCAAAGGCAAUAGAAGUGACAAGAGCCAUGACGCUCAAUAAUCUGCAGACGGGUUUGCCUGGUGUGUUCCAAGCGUUAACAAGUUUCUCUGCUUUGUUCAUGGAGUCUCUUGAAACGGUGUGCACUCGUUCCUACUCUAUCAAGUAG